GUUACCACUUGUACAAAGACGAUAAGCAGAGGACACAACAAGUACAAAGGAAGUCUUAUGUAUUUGGAACUGCAUGAGGGUUGGAUAAGACCAGUGAGGGCCCUCUCUGAGCACCAACACACAGGCCUGUGGACAGGAUGGAAAAGAACACAGAAUCCACUAAACUGAACGGCAAACCUGAGGGUUCUCCAGCCCCCUCAAAGCCCAGAGAGAGCAUGCAGCUCAAAAAGGAAAUCUCGCUUAUGAACGGCAUCAGCCUCAUCGUGGGUAACAUGAUUGGUUCGGGCAUCUUUGUGUCGCCCAAGGGGGUUCUCUUCUACAGUUCCUCCUACGGAAUGUCUCUAGUCAUCUGGUCAAUCGGUGGCAUCUUCUCAGUGGUGGGAGCUCUCUGUUACGCUGAGCUGGGCACAACCGUCACAAAGUCAGGUGCCAGCUAUGCCUAUAUCCUUGAGUCCUUCGGAGGCUUCGUAGCGUUUAUACGUCUGUGGACGUCGCUACUCAUCAUUGAACCGACGAGUCAGGCUGUUAUUGCCAUCACUUUUGCCAACUACUUGGUUCAGCCGCUCUUCCCCACCUGCGAGCCCCCCUAUUCUGCUUCUCGCCUCAUUGCUGCAGCCUGUCUAUGCCUUCUGACCUUUAUUAAUGCUGCUUAUGUUAAGUGGGGUACCAGAGUGCAGGAUGUGUUCACAUAUGCUAAAGUGUUGGCCCUCAUCGUCAUUAUAAUCACUGGGAUGGUCAAACUGUGCCAAGGUUUCACAAUGAACUUUGAGGAUUCUUUCCAAGGCUCUUCUCGUGACCCAGGAGAUAUCGCUUUGGCGUUGUACUCUGCUCUUUUCUCAUACUCCGGUUGGGACACUCUUAACUUUGUCACAGAAGAGAUUAAGAACCCUGAAAGGAACCUUCCCCUCUCCAUUGCAAUCUCCAUGCCGAUUGUUACGAUCAUCUACAUCCUCACGAAUGUGGCCUACUACGCUGUGCUUGACAUGAGUGCCAUCCUUGCCAGCGACGCUGUUGCUGUGACAUUUGCAGACCACACCCUGGGAGUGAUGAGUUGGACCAUCCCCAUUGCGGUUGCUUUGUCAUGUUAUGGUGGACUUAACGCUUCCAUCAUCGCUGCGUCCAGGUUGUUCUUUGUAGGAGCUCGGGAAGGUCAUCUCCCAGACACUUUGUCCAUGAUUCACGUGGAGAGAUUCACACCAGUUCCUGCUCUGCUAUUUAAUUGCGCCAUGGCUCUAAUCUAUCUUACUGUAGAGGAUGUUUUCCAGCUGAUUAACUAUUACAGCUUCAGUUACUGGUUUUUUGUCGGCCUGUCCAUUGCCGGGCAGAUCUACCUUCGCUGGAAGGAGCCAGACAGACAUCGUCCACUUAAGUUGAGUCUGGCUUAUCCCAUCAUCUUCUGCAUGUGUGUUGUGUUCCUGGUGGCUGUUCCAAUUUAUUCUGACACACUCAACUCACUCAUUGGAAUUGCUAUUGCCCUCUCUGGAGUGCCUGUUUAUUUCUUGGGUAUCUAUCUUCCAGAAUCCAAGCGCCCACCCUUCAUAACUAAACUACUACGUGCCAUCACUCGUUUCACCCAGUUCUCCUGUUUUUGUGUGCUCACUGAGAUGGACACAAGUGAAUAAAACACUAUUCAUCAGAAUACUUACACGCUUCUGACCCAAAGGACAUUUUGAAGAUAAGGGAAAAAGAUCUUCCACAGUCUUUAGCACACAGAUGCACUCUUAAUGUCACUCACUGCAUUGAAUUUCUCUUUAUUAUAAAAGGUUUUCACAGAGGUCACGGAUUAUUAGGAAUAUUAACUUAUGAACCAUUUGGAAUGACAUCAAGGUCCUACUUAAAAUCUUUGGUUCACAGUGCAUGGACUCUCCAAAUGAUGGGAAGAUCACCUGGGCAAGAUGCAAUAGAUUGCGUGUGAUAUUGUGUACACGGCCAAUAAUUUAAUUAGAUCUUAUUAGCUCAUUAGAUAUUUAUGUAAUGUAACAUUUCCUGUUUUUAUCUAACAUGAUUUUUAGAAUCUAGUUUUUAAAAUUCAGACAUCAGUUUAUUUAUUUAACUGAUUUUUAGAGGGAAGGUGAUUGUACUGACGUGAAAGAACUGCUGUUAGCUUUACUUUAACUGGGCUGCUCAUGAACGUGAAUUAAAAAUAUAAACAUUUGUCAGGGAAUACCAGUCUGGGUUUAAACCCAUUUAUUCCCCCCCAAAAAUGAGGUAUUCCACAACUUUCAGUUUUAAAAUAAAGGAUUGUGCCAAUGCAUUUGUAAAAUCCAGGUGCAAAAUAAAAAAUUCUCAUAUAUUUUUUGCUUUUAAAAUAUUGAAAAAUUGGCAGAAGCUAUGUGUGGAAAAGUCCAGAAGCUCACUCCCAGUGUUUUGAGGUUGUGAUCUAUGCUUCUUUUUUAAUCAGUGUUUGUCAAAUUAUCUCACUGUUGAAAGGGUCAUGAAAAAUUACACUUUAAUUGUUCCAUGUGUCAAAUAUGUUUUUAAUUGUCCAUUGGUCAAACAAGCAAUAAACUUUCCUCGUUAAAAUUCCAGUUGAACUCAGGAUCCAGGUCCAGAUGUGAUUUCAGGAGUCAACUCUGAUAAAUGUUUACCUUGUAGCACGAUGAAACACACUCAACAGCUUAAACUAUAUAUUUCUUUUUAAUGCAAAUGUUCAUUAUUUAUUUUAAAGAAUAUCAAUAAAAGAUUUUUUUAC